AUGUUUAUUCCUCUGGUUCACUGCACAACUAUGAAUCCCUGUCAAUUUCCAUUCAUUCUUGCAUUUCUAUGCUUCCUCAUCGCACUCGCAGCCGCUAGGAAUGAUGAUCCAACUCAACCAACACAUGAUGUUUCUGUUAACUGUGGCUCUAGAGAACACCAUGUAGCGCCCAAUGGCAGAAAAUGGCACGGAGACAGACAACAGAAACAUUCUUCCUUGCUGCAGUUAAAAGGCUUGUCCACCGUGUCGACUCCCAUCCAGAAGUUGGCCUUGGCCCAACCAGUUCCCUACAGCACGGCAAGAGCCUCUCGUUCCCAAUUCUCCUACACAUUUCAAGUGGAUGCAGGUCAGAAAAUCAUCCGCCUUCAUUUUAAACCCACUCCAUACCAAGGCUUUAAGGGCUUACAUGACUUAUUCGCUGUUGAAGCCGGUCCUUUUAUCUUUCUCAGUAACUUUAGCGCUUCUCUUACUGCUGCCGCACUUGGUGUCAAUUCUUUUGUCAAGGAUUUCUGUUUAUAUGUCAAUGAAAAUGAAAAACUAAACAUUUCUUUCACACCUGAAAGUAGUCUUUCUGUGGAUACAUACGUUUUUGUUAAUGGCAUUGAGAUUAUCUCAGUGCCCGAUACCAUUUCUUACUUUCAAGGGGGAGAUGUUGGACUCCAAGUUCUUGGCCAGAGGUCUGCGAUCUUUGUUGAUGAUAGCAGUGCACUCGAGAUAGUUCAUCGAUUCAAGAUCAAAAAAGAUCUUGUUCCAUUUUCUGAUGAUUUGGACAUCUUUCCAAAGUGGGCAACCCGAAAAGCAGAAAAUGUGAAAAGCAACACAUGGAAAAUAGCAGUCCAAGUAGGAUUCAACUACUUGAUCAGGCUUCACUUCUCUGGUCUCGGACUCAGGAUUUCAAAGACCAAAGAAGUAUUGUUUGAUGUCCUAAUUGAUGAAAUGGUUGCUUUCACUAAUACUGACAUGGGAAAGGAAAGUGAAGAAAAUGGCAUUCUUCGUUAUAGGGACUAUAUGCUGACAAUGAGGGGGCUGAAAAGAGAGGCUAAACGUGAUAUCUCAAUAUGCAUACGCUCAUACGAUGAACUCGUAGAUGGGAAUGAAUUACUUGAAGGAUUUGAGAUAGUUAAGUUGAGCAAUAUCGAUAACAGCCUAGCCAGUCCAAGUUCCCUAUCCCUACCAAAAGAUUCACCAUCUCUAACCAUCCAAAAUUUGAACUAUGCUUUGGGUCAUAGAGAUAGAAUUGCAGCUGUCAUAAUCACUGUUAUUUGUCUGGUAAACGUCAUAGUUCAUAAGCUGAGGGAACGUUGGGAAGCUAACAGUUUAGAGGAAGGCAACAAACCAUCAGCCAGGGCUGAACGACUCUGUCGCCAUUUCUCGCUAGCUGAGAUCCAAUUAGCCACUAGAAAUUUCUGUGAGGGACUUCUAAUCGGAAGGGGUGGAUUUGGCAAAGUCUACAAAGGCCUCAUUGAUAGUGGACAAACCACUGUUGCUGUAAAAAGGUUAAAAUCAAACUCCAAACAAGGAGCACAUGAGUUCUUGACAGAAAUUGAAACACUUUCUCAGCUCCGGCAUGUCAAUCUAGUUUCUCUGAUUGGUUAUUGCAAUGAGAAGAGAGAGAUGAUUCUUGUGUAUGAGUAUAUGGUCGGAGGAACACUAGCUGACCAUCUCUACAAACUUCCAAGGUACAACAUCAACUAUUCUUAUCUCACAUGGAAGCAACGCCUUCAUAUUUGCAUUGGGGCUGGUCGUGGACUAGACUAUCUCCACACAAGCUAUGGAGUUAUUCAUCGUGAUAUAAAGGCUUCAAACAUUUUGCUGGAUGAAAAUCUCAUAGCUAAGAUCUGUGAUUUUGGAUUGGCCAAAACUGAAGACGGAAUGCUGAGCCAUGUUACUACAAAUGUCAAGGGCACAUUUGGCUACUUCGACCCUAGUUACUUCCGAUCACGAAGACUAACAAGAAAAAGUGACACCUACGCAUUUGGGGUAGUGUUGUUGGAAGUAUUAUGUGGAAGAGCAGCUGUGGAUUCAUGGGUUGCAGGAGACGAGCAUAUUUUGUCAUGGUGGGCUCGAGAUAUGAUUAAGAAGGGAAGAGUCAAUCAGAUUGUCGAUCCAAGUUUGAGAGAUGAGAUUAGGUCAGACAGCAUCAACACAUUUGUUGGGAUUGCUGAUAGAUGCUUGUCUGAUGAACUAAGAAAUCGGCCAACUAUGUCUCAAGUUGUAUCACAGCUAGAGUUUGCACUCGAGCAACAGGAAAGCAAACAAAAUGUGGUGGUGAGUGAGAUACAAAGUGUUCCUGAUAAUGAAACUGAUCUUUCAGCUAACACAAGGGAGCCAACAAUUACCUCAACAUAUCCACAGAAAGCCACUCUGUCGAGAAAACAACAAACUAACAGCAAUGUUGUUAGUGCUCAUCGUUUUCCAUCAGAAAAGAAACUCGCGAGGAAUGCAGUAAUGAAUAAGCCACCACGGCCUUGGCUCUGGGGGGAACUUUGGAACAGAGUUAAACCAUCCAAGAAAAGCGAGUUGUUUUCAUCUGGAAAGCACCAUAGUAAAACCAAUAUCCAUAUUCAAGUUUCUGCUGGAAAAGCAGAAACUUUUGAAGCAGACAUACCACUGCCCAAGUUUAGUUGGGCUACAAUUGCAGCUUCCACCAAUCGUUUCUCAUCUUCAAAUAUAGUCGGGCGUGGAGGAUCUGGCAAAGUUUAUAAGGCUGUGCUACCUACAGGAAAAGUAGUUGCAGUUAAAAGGCAAUCACCAGCAUCCUCACAAGCUAUGGAGGAUUUUAAAGCUGAGAUUCUUUUGCUUUCCAGUCUUCAGCAUCGGAACGUCAUAAAAUUACUAGGCUAUUGCACUCAUAGAGAUGAAAAGUUGCUCGUAUACGAGUUCAUGGAAAAUAGAAGCCUAGAAACUUUUAUAGGUUGGUUGGUGCCUCUACAGAUUCUUUUUUCUUGUUGGAAAAUAAAUGAGAUCGCAAGUUUUGGAUUCCACAAUAUUAUUUUCAUAAUCAAAGUUUUUAAGAAAUUAAAUUAUUUACUAACUUUUAAUUUCAUUGCUGAAGCACAACAUCGGCACUCACGCCUUCAAUGGCUUCUAUGGUCUGUACGCUUCAAAGUCAUAUUGGGGAUCGCUCGAGGACUUGUCUAUCUUCAUCAAGAUUCUGGGCUGAGAGUGAUUUACAGAGACCUCAAAUCCAGAAAUAUUCUGUUAGAUGCUGAUAUGAAUCCUAAAAUCACAGGCUUUGAGUUUUCCAGGACUUUGGAAGAAAAUCAGCAUGAACUAGAAACCACAGAAACAGCAGGGACAACCUCGAGCUAUAUGCCUCCAGAAUACCUCGAGCAGGGGAAACUUUCACUAAAAUCGGAUGUCUAUAGCUUUGGAAUCAUAGUCCUAGAGAUUGUAAGCAGCAGGAGAGUCUGGAAUAUAGCUUAUGGGGAGGCCAUGAAGUUCCUUCCUAGCUAUGUAAGUAUCAAUGAAAAAAGACAUGCAUAUGGUUAUGUAAAUACAAAGUAAUGAUCAGUCUAUAAAACCGGUCGUUUUCUAGGCGUGGAAGCUCUGGAGCGACGCGAAUCCAUUAAAACUAGUAGACAACUUACUUGGAGGUGCAUUUCCAGUAGACGAAGCACUAAGAUGCAUUCAAGUUGGUC